AUGGCUCCUGAAGGGUUUCGAAACUUGCCAGUUUCAGUAAAGGUGGAUGUUUACAGCAAUGGAAUUAUGUUGUUAGAGAUCAUAUGUUCCAGAAAGAACUUUGAGCCAGAGAUAGAGGAAGAUCAAAUGGUAUUAGCUGAUUGGGCUUAUGAUUGUUAUAGAGAUAGUCAAUUGAGUUUGCUCUUGAAAAAUGAUCAUGAGGCUAUGAGUGACAUGAGAAAUGUGGAGAAAUAUGUAAUGGUUUCUAUAUGGUGCAUCCAAGAGGAUCCUUCAUUGAGACCAACAAUGAAAAAAGUUACACAAAUGCUUGAAGGAACAGUUGAGGUUAUUGUAGCUUUAAGGAGCCAUGUUGCUUCUUCUAGUGAAGCAAGAGUGAAUAAAAGACUCUAUAACUUCAAACAUGAAGCUAGAAAAGCAAAAGGAACCAAAAAUCGCCAAUUUACUAUUGAAGAACCUUGUGAAUCCGCUCCUCAGGCCUAUACCGUGGCUCGGUGGUUUGCCGACUCAGCUCACAACCUUUUCGCGUCGAGUACCGAGAGGGACCAUCUUUUGGGCCGGGUCCAGGAGCUCGAGAGAGAGCUUGAUGAAACCAACUCUAGGCUAGAAAAGGCCCAGGCGAAAAUUUUUGCCUCGUUAAAAAGGAAAAAGAAGGCGGUUGUCAAGGCCAUGAUGUUGCAGGAAAAAGUCACCAGCCUAGAGAGCGAACUCCAGGAUGCCAAGGCUACCGCGGCUGCGUCGCAAGAGAGGGUCGCUUCCUUAGAGGCCGAACUUGAGGUUGCUAAGGCUGCUGUAGUUGCGUUGCAGGAAAGGGUUGCUUCCUUAGAGGCGGAAAGGGUUGCUAUCGAGUAUAGGUCCAUAGAGCGUGCCCUUUAUGGUGUAUGGAGAAAGGAUCCAAACUUUGAUUUUUCUUCCUUUGGUGAGCACGCCGUUGCCCAGGCGGCUGGGUGGAACGCCCGUGGCAGGAGGUCUUGA